AUGGGUGCUUACAAGUAUAUUGAAGAAUUAUACAAAAGAAAGCAAUCCGAUGUUCUCGGAUUCCUUGGUAGAGUUAGAUGCUGGGAAUACAGACAAUUAAACGUUAUCCACCGUGCCAGCCGUCCAUCUCGUCCAGACAAGGCCCGUCGUCUCGGUUACAAGGCUAAGCAAGGUUACGUUAUCUACCGUAUCCGUGUCCGUCGUGGUGGUCGUAAGAGACCAAACCCAAAGGGUAUUGUCUAUGGUAAGCCAGUUCACCAAGGUAUUGCUGAACUUAAGUACCAACGUUCUACUCGUGCUACUGCUGAAGAACGUGUUGCUCGUAAGUGCGCUAACCUCCGUGUCUUAAACUCUUACUGGGUUAAUGAAGAUGCUACCUACAAGUACUACGAAGUUAUUCUUGUCGACCCAUCCCACAAGGCCAUCCGUCGUGAUGCUCGUAUUAACUGGAUUGUUAACCCAGUUCACAAGCACCGUGAAGCUCGUGGUCUUACUGCUACUGGUAAGAAGUCUAGAGGUCACCAAAAGGGUCACAGAUUCAACAACACUUCUGGUUCCGGAAGAAGAGCUACCUGGAAGAAGCAAAACACUACUUCCCUCCGCAGAUACCGUUAA